UGACAGAGCUCACGAGAGACACCAGCCCAAUCACAGCGAAUCGCCCGCUCGCUGCACACACUAGAAAGAAGAGCCGGCAGCCAGCGACGCUCGAUAGAGCAAGCAAGCCAUGGCCGGCCUCCUGCUCUCGGCCGCCGUUGCCUGCGUCCUUCUCGCCGGCGCCGUGUCCGCGUCGUCGUCGUCGUCGCCGCGGGUGUUCACCGUCGGCGGCGACGAGAGGGGCUGGCGGCAGCCGGCGCCCGGCGAGGAGACCUACAACCACUGGGCCACCAAGAACCGCUUCCACGUCGGCGAUUUCCUCCGAGAAGAUUCUAGUGAACCGCCUCUUCCUGCCACCGUCUCCGACCCUCCGCCCACCGCCGCUUCGUUUCCCGCCGCAUCGCCAAUGGCCUCGCGGCUCCGGCUCGGCCAGCCCAGCCCGAACCCCGGACCCGGCCCCAGCCCCGGCGAGGGGAAGAGAGAAGAAGGAGAAGCGAGGAAGCCGGAGCCGCGGCGAGAGGUGACGGACCUGGGCGGCGGGAGCGAGGUGGUGCACAUCCCGCGGUUCAUGGCGCGGGAGAGGGCGUGGGAGCUGUUCGAACACCUCAACAAGCGCAUCCCGUGGACGCGCCCCACCAUCCGCGUCUUCGGCCGCUCCGUUGUCCAGCCCAGAGAUACCUGCUAUGUGGCAGAUGAAGGGCUAACAGAUUUGAGGUACAGCGGCCAUCAGCCUCAUCCGCAUUCUUGGCAUGAAUUCCCAGUGCUAAAGGAUAUCUUGAAAGAGGUCCAUGAAGCCCUCCCAGGAAGCCACUUUAACAGCCUGCUGCUGAACAGAUACAAGGGAGGUUCAGACUACGUGUCAUGGCACGCCGAUGACGAACCCCUCUACGGACCUACCCCGGAGAUCGCGUCCGUUACAUUCGGGUGCGAACGUGAGUUCUUGCUGAGGAAGAAGCCUGCCAAUACAAAAUCACAAGCUGCUGGUGAAUCUGGGGAAACGGCUCCGAAGCGGCUCAAGGUCAGCGCCCCUCAGCAGCAUUCGUUCCUCCUGAAGCAUGGCUCGUUGCUCGUGAUGAGGGGCUACACCCAGCGGGACUGGCAGCACGCGGUGCCCAAGCGUGCGAGGGCGGCCUCGACGAGGAUCAACCUAACUUUCCGGCAUGUGUUGCCAUGAUCACGGCCGGUUCGCUUGGUCUCCCUCCAGUUUUGCACUUGUGCCCAUUGCGUGCAGUGUGUAGUGGGUUUCCUGGUGAUGCUUUGAACUCUUAUCCCCCCUUCCCACCUCAUGUAAUCUCUAUCAAACUUUGUUUUAAAGUAAUGGAAAUGGGAGCAGCCCGGUUC